UUGAAGGAACUUUGAUGGCGCCUCCAAGGGGAUCACUUUGGAGCAAGAAGACCAACAGGCACUGGAUUCUGUUCAAUGGUGUCAAUGGACUAACCGUCACUGGCGGUGGGACCAUUGACGGAAAUGGCAAGCUUUGGUGGCAGAAGUCAUGCAAAUUUAGCUCAAGAGUAGUAAGUACUUUUUACUUACUAUGAUGAGGAAAUAUAUAUUCCAUCCUUUCAUUUUUAUUUCUGAAAGCUUGCUGAUGUGGAUUCUUCUUGCAUUUUCCUUUCUUCAGCCAUGCAAACAAGCUCCAACGGCUUUGACAUUCUCCUCCUGUAAAAAUCUCAGAUUGGAAAAUCUGAAACUGAGGAACAGCCAGCAAAUCCACAUGUCAGUAGAGGAUUGCAGCCACGUCAAAUUAGCCCACCUAUCAAUCACAGCCCCAGGGGCUAGCCCUAACACCGAUGGCAUCCACAUCGCCCGCAGCAGACGUGUUCACGUCACAGACUGCACAAUCAAGACCGGAGACGACUGCAUCUCCAUUGAGGACGGAACUGAGAACCUCCAUGUCAAGAACAUCCUGUGUGGACCGGGGCAUGGAAUCAGCAUUGGCAGCCUAGGCGACCAUGGAUCUGAAGCUUAUGUUAUCAAUGUCACAGUCGACAGCGUGACACUGCAUGGGACGACAAACGGAGCUCGCAUCAAGACAUGGCAAGGGGGGAGGGGCUAUGCAAAGAACAUCAUCUUCCGGAACACGAUCAUGGACAGCGUAUGGAACCCAAUCAUCAUCGACCAGAACUAUUGUGACUCUGCCGCACCCUGCAAGAAACAGAAAUCUGCGGUAGAGGUGAGCAAUGUGCUGUUCAAGAACAUCAGGGGCACAAGUGCAUCAAAAGAGGCUAUCAAGCUGAGCUGCAGCUCAGGCGUGCCUUGCCAUGGCAUAGCCCUGGAGAACGUGAAGCUGACUCUCAAGGGCGGCAGUGGUGUUGCCAAGAGCACUUGUGAGAAUGCAAGAUGGAGGAAAUCAGGGACGGUAGCUCCACAGCCAUUGUACCCCCAUUUUAGAACUAUUAUGAGCAUACUUGAAUUUAGAUUUUCAUAA